CUCGACCAAAGAAUGUACGGCUUAUCCCAUCUAUCACUCCAAAAAAAUCUGUAUGCGUUUGUAACGACAGAUGAACUCAUUCAACUUGAAUUCGAGCCGGACAACUCGACAUUAGUCGUUCAAGCAAUCGCCGCCGGUGUAUCGGUGGUUUUGAUGAUGUUGCUUGGAAUCUGGGCCACAUGCCGUAAAAACGGCUAUUCAGAUGACUUACAAAAAGUAUAA